AUGCGUGCUAAAAAAACUGAUGAUAAAGACCCCUUUGUGAAAACUCGAAAAAUUCCCCCAGCGGACUUUGAAAUCGAAUGCAAGGGAUUUUUAGAGGCCUGUCUCAGUCCCGACUUCAAACGAUUUCGCCUCCUGCUUUCUUACUAUACAGCCUACUUUCAGUUCCCCAUGACUAAUGCCUCGGAAACUGCAAGCAUACUGCUGACUACCCUCCUCUCAGUGGAACGCUAUAUGACAAUGCAUAAUAUCAGUUACCCAAGCAAGAACAAGGCAUACUCAUGUUGCGGGAAAAAAGUUCAUUCUGCAGACUCUGAAGCCACCGACGACCCCGACUUUAAUACCACCACCAAUUGCAAGGAUUGCGAGGGGUUACGCGUUGUCUUAGUUCCACUGACAUGUGUCUGUUCUGGUGUCCGAAACAAUGUCACACUAGCCAUAACUAAAGUGGCCUUUCUAAGCAUCGCACUGAACAUUCCACUGUUUUUUAGCCAACAGGUUAUUACCCGCGAGGUAGAGGUUGCUACAGACGCAAGGACUGGAGCUCCCGCUCAGACUACCUUGAAGUGGGGUGUUGGUGUGACGGCUUUUGGAAACUCUCGGUUUUACUCCAUCUAUACCUGGUCGCGUACCGUGUUUCUUCAAAUACUUCCCUUCAUUUACCUCUGCCUAAUCAACUUUUACCUUUUCAAGUUCAUCCGGAUGGCAAAUGCCCGAUGGAAAUCCAAGCUACAAGCGCCAAUCCCUGCCAAUCUCGGCGGUGCCUCAUUAGCUGCCCCUGAACAGUUAACCAUGGACAGGGAGUCAUCCAAUGUUAAUCUGGCAAACUGUACGAAUCCCAUCACGGGCAACAUCGCCACAGCAAACCUUCGAAAUAUUCGUCGGCAAAAUGCUCAGCGUAAAUUAACUGUCCUUCUGAUUGCAAUUGUGGCACUUUUUUUGGCUGGACAGAUCCCACAGGCAUUUGCAUUUGCCGCCAUCUAUCAGGCCCUGUUAAAGAUGCUGGGAGCUGAGUCACGAAAGCUGGCUUGCAGCCCUUCUUACCGCCUCUACAGAGUCAGCACAAAUUGUAUCUGCCUUCUGACCUACUCGGCCAAUUUCAUCCUCUACGCUACACUGAAUGCGCACUUUAAAAGAGAGUUGGCUCGAUGUUGCCGCGUGAACGAAUGCAAACGCAAGCCCCGUAACUUGGUGAGCUGUGUUGAUGGCGGAGCCGACGAAGAACAGCCUUUUGUCAGAGGCAAAAUCAGAAGGGCGGCAGCCUCCACCGACUGCGUUCCCAGGGGAAGACAGCAGCCGCCUCUUAUUGGUGGACCGGUG